GACGGGGACGUUCACAGGCACCUCUACUUGCAGGGUGUCCUCACCGGCUUCGCCGAGGUGGCCGAGAGACCCAAGGUGUCAGAAUUCAGUUGCCACGUCUCCGGGUGCCGCCAGGUCUUUGACACGCUGGAGGGGUACGAGCACCACUACAACGCACUGCACAGGAAUGUCUGCUCCUUCUGCAAGCGCUCCUUCCCAUCGGGACACCUCCUGGACAUCCACAUCCUGGAGUGGCACGACUCGCUCUUCCAGGUCAUGGCCGAGAAGCAGAACAUG